UUUGUACCAUGCAGAAAAUAUUAAAUUUUUACGCGGUAUUUGCAAACUGCAGAGCAAGACAUUCUCAUAAGCAUUAAAAUAUUGUUUUUAAAAGACAGUAUAUUGUUGAAGUACUUCAGAUGGUUUUAUAAGACAGGAAGACGUAUAUAUAUAUGUUUUAGCUGGUCAGUUGUGAUAAUAACUAAAAAGGAAAAAAUACGAAUUUCAAGUGGAUUUCUUUUAUGAUGAAAGAAAAGAGCCACUGUUUUACAUCUGAUGAAGUUGAUAUUUUCAGAAGAAACUUGCUAUCAUGGUAUGAUAAAAACAAGAGGGACCUGCCAUGGAGGAAGCAGGUUGACAACCCUGAUACAGAUCAAAGGGCUUAUGCAGUGUGGGUGUCUGAAGUUAUGCUUCAACAAACUCAAGUUGCCACAGUAAUAGAUUAUUACAAUAAGUGGAUGAAGAGAUGGCCAACUCUUCAAGAUUUAGCUCUUGCCCAGCUUGAAGAUGUCAAUGAGAUGUGGUCUGGGUUGGGAUACUAUUCAAGAGGCAGACGAUUGUACGAGGGUACAAAAAAGGUAGUGGACAAGCUUGAAGGUCGUAUGCCACGAACAGCUGCAGACUUGAUGAAGACUCUGCCAGGUGUUGGUCGAUACACGGCCGGGGCAAUAGCCUCCAUUGCUUUUAAUCAGGUAACCGGUGUUGUUGAUGGCAAUGUGAUAAGAGUCCUGGCUCGGUUACGAUGCAUUGGAGCUGACAGCUCGAGCCAAACAACGAUGGACUCUUUCUGGUCACUAGCUAAUGACAGUGUAGAUUUAGAACGACCAGGAGAUUUUAACCAGGCUGUGAUGGAACUGGGCGCCACCGUCUGUACACCAAAGAACCCUUCCUGUUCCAAAUGCCCACUCACUGCAGUGUGUAGGGCCUUCAAACAAACUGAAGAUCACAAGCAGCAAUCAGCGAGGAAACUGGUCAAGAGAGAUGCAAAUAAAAACAAAGUUUUGGAUAUUGAAUGUUGUGCAGAACCAUGUUCUCUAUGUCUUGGUAAAGAGGAACCCUGGGAUAGCAGUCUCGGUGUUGCCAACUACCCAAGGAAGGCCAAAAAGAAAGCUGCCAGAAUAGAAACGACAGCUGUUUGUUUGAUCUGUCAGAAAAAUCGACAUGAGCCAGACAAAUUUUUCAUUGUUCAGAGACCAACAAAAGGUCUGCUGGCUGGAAUGUGGGAGUUUCCAAGUCAAAUUCAACCCAAAGAUGCACCCCCACCAGACAUGUUAUGUAUCACCAAUGACAAAUAUGGAAUUUCAGUCCACAAUAUAAAGGAGAAAAUACCAGUUGGCCAGGUUUCCCACAUAUUUUCUCACAUCCAUCAGACGUACACUGUGGAGGCGGUGACAAUUGCAGGAGAUGACAUCGACGAACAGCUCAUUGUUGACGGCACGAGAUGGGUUACCAAGCAACAGUUCAUGGAGGCAGCUGUUUCUACAGCUAUGAAAAAAGUGUUUAAAGCUUAUGAGAAAACAGUCGAAGACAAUAAGAAGGGUGUCAAAAGGAAACGACAGAUUUCUGGGGAAACUACAGAAAAAAGAAAGCAAACUGCUAUUCUUUCCUUUUUUAAGCAAACCACUUCUUAAAGAUUGUGUGAUGAUUUUAUUAAUUAUUCAGAAUGGCAGCAUGUUUUAAAAAUAUAGUAAAUAAAUAUGAAAGAACAUG